AUGGAAGAGGAGGAGGAGAACUCAGGCGCCAGCAGCUCCGCCUCGACACCAAAUGUUGGCGGGGAGGGGGCCUCUGCUUCCCAGCCUGAUACUGAUCCCCUCUCGACGGAUCGGGAGGACCUGGACACCGUCAUCGAGGACGUGGCCGAGGAGGCCGCGGCGGAGGCUGAGAAGACCGCUACCGAGGAGGCCGCCAGGGGCGCUGCCGAGGAAGUGGGCGAGGCCACCGCCAAGGGAGCCGGCAAGGCCACUGCUGAGGAGCCCGGCAAGGGAUCUACCGGGGAGGCCAGCGAGGAGACCGGGAAGGGUCCUUCCGGGGAGGCCAACGAGGCCGCCGCCGAGGAGAGGGAGGAGGUGGUCGAUGACCAGCCUUCUUCCUCAGCUGCUCCUGGUUUUGGCAAGUAUCUGAGGGUGGGCGAUGACUUGUUCGUCCACCUCUCAGAUGCAUCUAGCACCAGGGCACCAGUCGAGGGGGAGGUGUUUGACGGCGAAGUGCUUGCCGCCGUCGGACUUGAGGUCGUCGACGAGCCGAGCGCUGGCGGUGGCGGUCCCCAGGAGGAGCAGUUGCUCCAGGCCAUGGGUGCCAGCUACCGGAAGCUCCAGGCACUUCAACGCGCCCGCCUGGACAAGGUUAAGUCCAGGGCAGCGGUGGUGGAGAAGGCGGAAGCGGAUCUCCAGAAGCGUGUCGCCGAGACGCAGGACUGGUUCCGCCAGGCUCACGAGGAGUUGAGAACCGCUCAGGAGCUGGAGCAGAGGCACAGAGAGGCGCUCGAUGCUCAGGCUUUGGUCUACGCCGGUAGGGUGAAGGAGCUGGAGGUGGAGCGGGACGGGCUCAAAGGCCAGGCCCUGCAGUUGGCCGAGGAGAAAGACACGCUCAACGGCGCCCUGACGGAGGCGCAAGGCGCCAUCCUUGGCAAGGUUGAGCAGCUUUCCGAGGCCAACGACUCCAUCAAGGACCUGACGCUGAAGCUGGAGGCCCUUGAGGGGAUGCUCUCAGAGGCCAAGGCCCGGGAGGGGACCCUGGCCAAGGAGUUGGAGACCGAGAAGCGGUUGUGGAAGGACGAGGCCGCCAUCCACAAGGAUUUCGUGGACGGUGAGAACCGCUGGAUCGGCCUCCUCGAGGACGUCGCUGGCAGGAUCACCGCCCAGCUGGCCACCAUGGGUAUGCCAACUGUGAGGUAUGCUCCGGAGCGCAGCGGGUCCACCCGCGCCAAGCUGACUCUAUUCUUCGAGGUUGUUCUCGGUGCCUUGGAGCAGCUCAAGUCCAACCGGGAAAGCACCUUGGCCGACGAGUCCCGGCGGAUGUGCCUGGGCGCCAUGACCAAGGUCCUCACCAAGCUGGCCUUCUGGUACCCCGGCCUCGACUUCAACGACGCGGUGGACAGCUUGCCGGACGAUGCGGACCUCUCUGGGAUCGAGGAGCGCAUCGAGCCCGUCACCAGCUGCAUCAGCGGAAUCGAGAGGGUGGAGGGCCAGCGCCGGGACUAG